AGCAACAGUCAGGGGACAUACGCGGUGCAGAGGUCGUGGACUACACACUUGGGGAGAGUUUCACAGUAACUAUGUCAUUGUGGUUCAUCAUCAUGCUGAUCUGUAUGGCUGAUUCGAUACAAAAUAAGAAAGACGAAGGUGCUGCUUGUAAGGAAGGACAGCAUUGCCUUGACUGCGAUCAGAAGGGGGAUUGCUUACAGGAUUGUGACAAAGGCUUUUGGGGGCUUAAAUGCAAGGCUCAAUGCAGCAGCACGUGCAGAUACAAUAUGUGUAAACUAGUACCAGGUAAAGGUACAUACACGUGUACUCAUGGAUGUGUACCAGGAUACCAAGGCAAAAGUUGUAACAGACCAUGUGACAGUCACGUGGUAAGCUGUACACUGUGUCCAGGUGGGUGUGACGGGGAGUACUGUCAACUGGGUGAUGCUUGUUUUGCCGGAUGUCGAGAUUCCAGGUACGGAUCAGGAUGUAAGACGUGUCCCAGUAGCUGCAGAACCUGCAACAGGAUGACAGGAGUAUGUGACGAGUGUGACCCGACACAUUAUGGAGUCAACUGUGAGAAGACGUGUGAGAACUGUGCAGGAUCCUGUGAGUCUGACUGUGAAUGUGUUCCUGGCUUCUACCGAGACUUCUGUGCCGAGACUUGCAGUAAAACAUGCCGCCCCAAGUCAGCCCACAAGUGUCCUCCUGCUGUGACGUCAGACAGUUGUACAGGUGAAUGUCACAAACACAGCGCCACGUGUCUCCAUGGCUGUGUGGAUGGCUGGUUCGGCCCGAGGUGUUCUUCUCCGUGUCAUCCUGGAUGUCGUCAUCAAAGAUGUAAUGCAGCAGGUUCCUGUGCUGAAGGCUGUGAACUUCAUCAUUUCGGGUCAGCCUGUGAACCUUGUCCUGAGAACUGCGCCAACCGAACAUGUGAUCAGAACACUGGUGCCUGUGUCGAUGGGUGUAGAGAUGAAUUCUACGCAACUGCCUACAGUUGGAUGACUCUCAACUUUCUGCGAGUCAAGCAAGGCCUAACACCAUUGUGA